GAGCACAGUUAGAAGACGGAAAGAGUUUUGGGAAUAAUAUUCCUUACAUAUUUCCUUUAAUAUACUUUCACAACAGAGGCCUUUGAAAUUAGAGACAAGAUUGUAGGCUUGUAUUUGGUUUAAGUUAAGCUUAGAACCAAACUGAUGUUGUAUGUAAAUUGUUUUGUAACAGUAUAUUCUCAGACCUAAUUCUUUUCAUUCUACACUAAUGUCCAGGGACUUUGAUGUGAUAUGAUAAAUGAAAGCUUGGCUUCAAAAUACGGCCUACAUGUUCAUGAAUAUUUUUGUGACAAGUGUAUUCUCUUUUUCGUGCUGUUCCUUGUAUGUUGUCAACCAACAGCAGCAGAUGUCUCAACAACAACAACAACGAUAACAACUAACAUAGUUACACAGCCGAUGAAGGUCUCAAUGGUAUGUCCUCCUUACACCUGGGGCACCAACUGUGACCAAAGCUGCAUAAAUUGUUCUGACCAUUGUGACCAGGACUUAGGAAUCUGCAAACACUGCAAGCCUGGACAUAAGUAUCCCUUCUCCUCGUGCACACAAGAGUGUGACACUUAUGAGUUUGGCAGAGAUUGUGAAGGAAGAUGUCUGAGGAAGUGUGGCACGGAUUGUUUAGAAAGAAAACAAGGCAUUUGUCCAGUGAAUAUUUGGUAUUACACUUUUAUAUUUGUGAUGGGACUUUUUAUGUUGACAGCUUUGAGAAUCAUCUUUGACUUGCAUCGUGUGGGGAAAGUAAAGAGUAUAAAGGUCAAGUUGAAGGUCAAGGUUGAUCAAGGGAGGCCAUUCAAGCCUGCACUUCUCAGUCCAGUCUUUUUUCAACGUCCGAGUGAGCUGGACAAAAAACACAGCACUGGACGUAAACAAGAUUUACUUCAAGAACUGAAUGCAAGGAAGAUCUCUUCUUUAGGAGGUACUGGAGACAGUUUGGCCUGAGGGAACCAGUCGUGGGCCGCAUUUCUGACUUGUGUUGUGUAAAUAUACAUUUCAUCCACCAGCCAAGACUCCACAAACAUUUCUAUGUUUGAAUAAUGACAACUUGUGCCCCGAUAUUCAUUGUAUAUUAUGUACAUUAUUUAUUGAUACAAUGGACCUCAUUCACCAAAAUGAGGGUGACGUGAUAACAUUAUAAAACAACGAAAAAUACUAUCACGUGAUAUCCAUUGUUGUUUCGAACCAUGUGAGAAGUUGUAUAGAAGAGAUAGGGAAGCACGUGGCUCAAUAUUAUUUGUUUUACGAUUGGUGAAUGAAGUCCGGUUUAUAUGUAAAUUAUACUAAACAAGCCUUUCUUUUUUUUUUUAGAAACUUACUUGACCUAGUUC